AUGAUAGAAAGUGCGCUAAAUAAUUUUUCAGACAAACUUUUUUUAUACUUGACGGAAAAGUCAAAAGACCCACGAAGCCUUCUAGUGAAGAAACAUAAUGAAAAUUUUCAUACCCAUGGCGAUUAUAGUUUUCCUAAUUCGCUGAAAUCUUGGCAUGAAUAUGUAAAUUGUGAUCAAGAAGCUGAUCACGAAAGUCUGACAUUGUUACAAGCAAUUGGUAAAGAGUGUAAAGAUAUCAUAAAUGAAUCUAAAAAGUGGGAUUUGGCUGUGCAGAAAGCGAAGGAGGAGAAAGGGCGUAUUUAUUUGUUUUUAGACCGACCUAAAGCUAUUCGUGCGGGCUUGGCGGAAGGGUUGCGGAAUAAUGCAGUGUUAUCAGAGAAGUUAAAUGGAAGUGUAUCAGAUGUUCAGUUAGAUUCUUCUUGCGAUAAAGAAUCUGACCUAACCUCCUUGCGUGCGAAAUACGUUUGUAACGUCGUAAAGAACUUGUGUACACUGAGCAAUGUAAAUUCACCUGUAAUAGUCACUUCGAAGUCUUCUACCACAUGUGAGGGAUGCCACAGAGUGCUCUGUGGGACAGUACUAAAUUCUAAAACUGGUGCUAAAGAAGUUGUCAUAAGAGCUGAUGAUUUUAUUAGGUUAAGACAAGAUGAAAUGACCCUCAUAGCACAACACAAGUAUGGAGUGAGAGUAUCCACAGAUACAAAAUGGAAGGAGUUCCUAGCACAUUUGGGGGAGUCUGCAGCUUCUUUUGAAUUACUACAAACAAAACCUAGUGGUGCAGUCAAGAUCAAUUUUGAUUGUUCUGCUGGAUCUAGUAAAGGUGCAUCAUUUAUAUUGUACAAUUGUGCCCGUCUAGAGACUAUAAUAAGGACAUACAAUGACAAAGUUGCUGAUGGAACAUAUCCAGAGUUACCUCCGUUCAAUGAAGUUGAUUUUUCAUUGCUGGUCCAUGAGGAUGAAUGGCACCUAAUAUUCAACUACAUACUAGGAUUACCAUCACUACUAAACAAUAGUGUGGAGUUCAAUAACCGAGUCUGUGAAUUCCGACCACAUCAGAUAUGCAGCUACCUCUGCUCUAUGGUCAGAAUAUUCAGCCAGUACUAUAGGAAAACCAGAAUUCUAGUGGAGCCCAGAAAACAUCUGCUUCCAGUAAUAUUUGCUAGAAUCCAUAUGCUGAAAAUAUUAAAUGAAACACUCAAGACCUGUCUGAACAUUUUAAAUAUUAAAAGUGUUUCCCAAAUGUGA